AUGGCGCCCCGAGAAACACCGAAGUCUACAACUAAAGUUCAACGCACAGUAAAGGACAUAGCUACGAAAAUCAAAGCAUCACCGAUUGGGGCGAUAAAAAAGACUAUUCUGACUAAAAAAACGGUGGAGAAGACUCCCCUCAAAAUCAAAAAUGCUAAUCCUGAAGUCAGGUUGACAAGACAACGGACUAGCACCGUCCCAACUGUAGCUACACCAAAACCAAAGGAGAACAAAUCUGUCCCAUUACCCGAGAGUGUGACAAAGAGCGCUAAGAAGGCCUCUACAUGGAAACGACGUCCCAAACCAGCACACUCUGGAGUCCCCAUUCCGGAAAAGAUGAAGAAGCUGAUGGAAAAACAAUUUUUGGAUUCAGGUUUUGUUCUUUAA